CCCAGAAUGAGUUCCUACUCAAGAACUCUAGCCCGUUUCUUCGAGUUCUUGGCCCUCUUUUCAAUCCUCAGAAAAGCCGAAGGCCCUCAUGUCAUCACAAACUACAACUUGUCGACUUUGGAAGCCACCCGCCGCAGAUUUCUGAGGAGCCUCUGCUUUAUCUGCGACUACAAGAAAGGUGGCGACACGACAACUUCUAUCGCUGUCGAGGACCGGCCUGACUGUUUCAUGUUCUGGGUGGCCGGGAAUGUCACUCCAACAUCGAGAGUUGUUGACUUUUUGGAUCGUGUUCUUGACAGUUUGCAGGGGGUAGAGGCACUUGACGAGCUGCAAAGAAGAGAGCUGGAGGCCAGGCUGACGGAGGAUUCUGUACAGUUUGGCACUCUCAGGCUCAGGAAGGAAUGCGCCAUACUGCGGAAUGCAACAAGAAAAUGCCAGAGGUACUUGUCGACUGCCGCGUCGAGCACAAUGGAGAGUGGCCUUGAAGCGCUCGAGAACUGGCUACCUAAUUUUCUGUCCGACGCCACAGCAGAGAUCUUGCCUUUAUGCCAUGCUGCUUAUCGAGCCCGGGAGGAUCCUCAAAUGACAACACUCCAGGUCCUCAGCCGCGAGGAUGGUGCAGCCCUCGAGCAUGCCAUAUCUUUCCAAGUUGUCAAGCAUUUUAUAGGGCGUCUAGCUGAGCACAUUCGUGUACCGAAGCAACUUGUCGAAGACGCCAGUCGUUUGGGUACACUUCUCGGCAGCUAUCGUGUCGCCUCGGUUCCUGCUCCUCAACCAGCGAUCGUCCCUCCCCCUGACGCGCAAACUACCCUCAAUUCGAUAACCAGGCGGAUUCUCCAGACCCCUAAAGACCCAAGGAUCGAAGAGUUUCAAGCAUUCCUUGCGACACUAGAUGAACAGACUGGGCUUGAAACCAGAGUGAGGACCAUGUAUGACAGGGGCGACAUGCAAUCAAGUGUCCAUGCGGAACUGCAGAUGUUGGAGUUUUUCCACAGAGGUGAUCGCGUCUUCGUUGAGAACGACCGCUACAUAGCCUGCAGCAAGCUUGCUUGUCUCUGUUGCAAGCUAUACUUCAGACAUCACCCAGGUUUCUACGUGGAACCGGACUCCCACCAGAAAGUGUACACGAACUGGCGCCCGAUUCUCCUCCACGAAGGGAAUGAGGACCCUCUGUUUCUAGAACAGAGAGCCCUUUUGGGAAAGGUAGGUAGGGACAUCGGCAAUAUGCUCGUAGAUCAUAUCGCCCUUCAACGGACGAGUGCCGUUUUACAACCGGACUCGAUAACCAACAUUACUGCAUCU